CCCGCCCGCCUCUGCCGCCACGUCUCGCUGCUCCGACCGGCUGGCUGACUCCCCAGCGACCGGGGGCCUCCAGUGCGAACACGCGACCACGCCUCGUCCCGCCAGCAGCGCGUAAAGUGGCCGUCAUAUAUUACCUCCACGAACGUGCAGGAUCAUCACCACCGACCGUAACAAGGGUCCAGGCGCCGGUCCUAAGAUUGCGUCCUUAGCCCGCGCGGCAGCCGAUCCGCGCUCCACAAGCCCACGCUGCUAAUUGCGGCUUCCCCAGCGAGCCCCAUCUCCGCCCGACGACCGAUUCCAACCAAAUUCAUCCAACUUCGACACCUUGCUCUUCGUCCUGUCGGCGCCCGUCCCAUUCACCGCCAGAGCAUAAACCGCCCGCCGUGUUUUGAUUGUGCCCUGUCCCGAGGCAGGGCCUGUCAUUUCUGUCCCAUACUUCUCCCUGGUUUCGAUCCCUGGGCUUUGCCGGGGCAGUCUGCCUAGCCACCUCUUCGCGUUACCGAGCCGCCGGGUCCAAUCUGCCCUUGCCUCAUCUCGUACGAUUUCAUAUCCCUCACCAAUUAGCGGCUCGUGUCACCAUACUCUGUUCUCUGCAUCUCAUCCUCGACGCUCCGAGAAUGCGAGCUCGGCCGAGCGUCUGCCCGUCAGAGCGAACAACGUGAAGCGUCAUUGGCAGUCAUGGACGGCAUGGCGGGCUCACACGACGCCAAGACCCAGCCUGGCCUUCCGCUGCCGGCUGGCGAAAUGCCGCUGAGAGCGGCUGGUCGCCGGGUCGAGGAGGUCAUGGCAGACGAGGUCUCGACGCCCGUGGCACUGUCCAUGAGGGACAUGUCCGCGAUACUCAACACCACGUCGAGCCCCGUCUCGCCGGGCCAGUCGAGCCCCGAGCGGGAGCAGCCCAAACCGGCCGACUUUAUACCCCCAGCGCGGCCGAGCAGCACACCUUUCUCCCAUCCCGAGAACCGAAAUCCGCAUACGUAUUCUCUCGACGACCGAGACGUCGACUGCCAGUCGGUGCUUUCCGACAUGGCACCUACCGUCGCGCAUGACGAAGCGCGUGGUGACGAGCCUGUUCUAGGCCAACUGCUCGCAACACAGUUUCAGCAAUUGCCUUUGGAGGUACACGAAGGCAUCAUCGACCAUCUCUUCGGGUUUUGCAUCUCUCCGACCUCUAGCAGCGCCAUGAAGAUAUCUAGCCUGUCCAAAUGUUGGGCCACUGCGCUACGUCAUUCGCGCCGGCGGGAGCUGUCCGACCUGGCUCUCGUCAACCGCCGAUGGACCUUCCUGAUCCAGCAACGACUCUACCGCCACAUCAAGCUGAAAGCGACCGUCGACUAUAUCGAGGACGCAAUCAUGCACUUCAGCUGCCACCCGCACCUGGCGGCCUACGUCAAGCAUGUCGAGGUCUGGUUCCCCGUAUUCCAGCCUAGGUACGGACCCCCGGCCACGUCCAACACACUGGCGCUGCCAACAGUAACCUCCAGCGGCUUGACCAAUGCAACCUACAUCCUUCCGGACAAUAACUGCACUCUCGAUGAGAUGUUUCGAUUCGUGACGUUGGCUUUGCCGGAGGCUCAGGUCCUUACUCUCGAAGGCGGGGAGCGGCGCAAAGCGCCCAAAGUGGCCCAUUUUGACAAGCGAGACCUGCCACAAGGCCCAGCGAAUACCCUCCACCCGAUACACUCUGUCCGCACAUUAAUCACCCGCGGCCAGUGGAAUUUGAUGAGGGAUAACGACGACUUCGCCCGUGUGCUGCGCGCGCUGCCCAACCUCGAAGAGUGGCAAGGGUCGUACAGCAAGCCCAAGUCUAAGAGCUACAUCACCGUCUCGGAUUAUAUCCCAUUUCUUCCGUUCAGUGUGAAGAGGCUUGGGCUGUGCAUGGAGAAUGACUACCGCCGAGAGGCCAUAACGCCGUCCUUUUAUUCCAAGGUGGCCAUGAGAACGCACAUUUGCGUCUCGCUGGGCCAGAUCCUGCCGCGCCUGGAGCACUUCUCAUACACGGGUCGGUUAUGCCACAAGUCGUUCGAUCUUGCCCUGCGCUUGAGCGAUCCGCUGCGGUCCAAGCUUCGAUCCAUCGACGUGACCAUUAAGAAUUGUUGCCGAGACCCAGACGCCGCGACCCGGUAUAACGGCACCGGCUCGGGCAUCCAUGAGAUGUCCUUUAUCGAGGCCUUCGAAAGGCUCGUCAUUUCGGCGAUUCGUCUCUUGGCGAAGCAUCCGCAGCUCCAGUACCUGAGGAUCCGCUUCGUGGAUCUCGACUCUCUUCUGCCACCCCUGAACCCGUACUUCCUGUUGGCCGAGGGGAAAUGCACCGGGGUGUGGAGCGACGCCAUCGUCACCGAGAUGGCAAAGGUGCGACCCCGUGCCACCUUCGCCGAGCUUUGCGACAACUUUGGCAACAUUGUAUACAGCAAGGAAGGCAGGAUGGUCAUCUCACCGGAGUGCCCGCGGGGCCGGGUCCUAUCGCUCAAGAUUUGCAACUAUCAGGCGCUCGCCAACCGCAUGACGAUACAGUGAUUUAUCGACGUCUAGCGAGGCCAGGCAGGUGAGGGGCUAGCAGCAGCAAAAGUCUACUUUGUGACUCCGCCACUUCCCGAUUCAAGGGAAGCAGAGCUUAUGUCGUUUCGUCUCAUAUGCCAUCCUUGAGAGCCGUCGGAUGGUACUCGGCGUUUGGGACACAUGGAUAUUCCGCUGGACUUUGACGGAACAAUUGGUUUGCAGGAGGCCCGCUUGAGGGCGAGAUAAAAAAGGUGACGAGGGCGGAACUUACUUUUCGGGUGGGUUUGCUUGGUUCUUGGGAAACGGACACACUUGCACACGGUCACACGGCGCGGAGAUACCCCUUAAUGGUCGAAUAUACAGAGCUUUUAUUCUGA